GCGCGCGGUGUCUGGUCGGGUGCGCGCGCGCGCGCGCACCGCUCACCGCCUGCUCGCUCGCUAGUGCUGCUCGGUGGGUUUGACCCGCGAGCGGGCGCGGAGGAGCUAGAUCGGGAUCGCGUAGAGACCAUCGCAGAAACUGCAGCGCGGGUCGCGGCGCGGCGGGCGCGGCGGGCCCUGCACAAGACGCCAGGCUCCAAAGAUUAUUUCUCUUUAUUCAGAAGCAUAAAGUUGUUUGCUGAUUACAAGAAGAUGUUUCUUUGGCUCUUUCUGAUUUUGUCAGCCCUGAUUUCUUCGACAAAUGCAGAUUCUGACAUAUCAGUGGAAAUUUGCAAUGUGUGCUCCUGCGUGUCAGUUGAAAAUGUGCUCUAUGUCAACUGUGAGAAGGUUUCAGUCUACAGACCAAAUCAGCUGAAACCACCUUGGUCUAAUUUUUAUCACCUCAAUUUCCAAAACAAUUUUUUAAAUAUCCUCUACCCAAAUACAUUCUUGAAUUUUUCACACGCAGUAUCCCUGCAUCUGGGAAAUAAUAAACUGCAGAACAUUGAGGGAGGAGCCUUUCUUGGGCUCAGUGCAUUAAAGCAGUUGCACUUGAACAACAAUGAAUUAAAGAUUCUCCGAGCUGACACUUUCCUUGGUAUAGAGAACUUGGAGUAUCUCCAGGCUGACUACAAUUUAAUCAAGUAUAUUGAACGAGGAGCCUUCAAUAAGCUCCACAAACUGAAAGUUCUCAUUCUUAAUGACAAUCUGAUUUCAUUCCUUCCUGAUAAUAUCUUUCGAUUCGCAUCUUUGACCCAUCUGGAUAUAAGAGGGAAUAGGAUCCAGAAGCUGCCCUAUAUCGGAGUUCUGGAACACAUUGGCCGUGUCGUUGAAUUGCAACUGGAAGACAACCCUUGGAACUGCAGCUGUGAUUUGUUGCCUUUAAAAGCUUGGCUGGAGAACAUGCCAUAUAACAUUUACAUAGGAGAAGCUAUCUGUGAAACUCCCAGUGACUUAUAUGGAAGGCUUUUAAAAGAAACCAACAAACAAGAAUUAUGCCCCAUGGGAACAGGCAGUGAUUUUGAUGUACGCAUCCUGCCUCCAUCUCAGCUGGACAAUGGCUACACCACUCCCAAUGGUCACACUACCCAAACAUCCUCACACAGAUUAGUGACCAAACCACCGAAAACGACAAAUCCUUCCAAAAUCUCUGGCAUUGUGGCAGGCAAAGCCCUCUCCACCCGCAAUCUCAGUCAGAUUGUGUCUUACCAAACUAGGGUGCCUCCUCUUACACCUUGCCCAGCGCCUUGCUUUUGCAAAACACAUCCUUCCGAUUUGGGACUGAGUGUUAACUGCCAAGAGAAAAAUAUUCAGUCCAUGUCUGAACUGGUACCGAAACCUUUAAAUGCCAAGAAGCUACAUGUCAAUGGCAAUAGCAUCAAAGAUGUGGACAUCUCAGACUUCACAGAGUUUGAAGGACUGGAUUUGCUUCAUUUAGGCAGCAAUCAGAUUACAGUGAUCAAAGGAGAAGUAUUCCACAAUCUUACUAAUCUACGCAGGCUGUAUCUCAAUGGCAAUCAGAUCGAAAGACUCUAUCCUGAAAUAUUUUCAGGCCUUCAUAACCUGCAGUAUUUGUACUUGGAAUACAAUUUGAUUAAGGAAAUCUUAGCAGGCACCUUUGACUCCAUGCCAAAUUUACAGUUACUGUACUUAAACAAUAAUCUCUUAAAGAGCCUGCCUGUUUACAUUUUUUCUGGAGCAUCCCUUGCUAGACUGAACCUGAGGAAUAACAAAUUCAUGUACCUCCCUGUCAGUGGGGUCCUCGAUCAGCUGCAGUCUCUUACACAAAUUGACUUGGAGGGUAACCCCUGGGACUGCACGUGUGACUUAGUGGCGUUAAAGCUGUGGCUGGAGAAGUUGAGCGAUGGGAUUGUUGUGAAAGAACUGAAAUGUGAGACACCUGUUCAGUUUGCCAACAUCGAACUAAAGUCCCUCAAAAAUGAAAUCUUAUGUCCCAAACUUUUAAACAAGCCAUCUGCACCAUUCACGAGCCCUGCGCCUGUCAUUACAUUCACCACCCCAUUGGGGCCCAUUAGAAGUCCUCCUGGUGGCCCAGUGCCUCUGUCUAUUUUAAUCUUAAGUAUUUUAGUGGUCCUUAUUUUAACUGUGUUUGUUGCUUUUUGCCUUCUUGUUUUUGUGCUGCGACGCAACAAGAAACCCACGGUGAAGCACGAAGGCCUGGGAAAUCCGGAAUGUGGCUCCAUGCAGCUGCAGCUAAGGAAGCAUGACCACAAAACCAAUAAAAAAGACGGACUGAGCACAGAAGCUUUUAUUCCACAAACCAUAGAACAGAUGAGCAAGAGCCACACCUGUGGCUUGAAAGAGUCAGAAACCGGAUUCAUGUUUUCAGAUCCUCCAGGACAGAAAGUCAUUAUGAGAAAUGUUGCCGACAAGGAGAAAGAUUUAUUACAUGUGGAUACCAGGAAGAGACUGAGCACAAUUGAUGAGCUGGAUGAACUAUUCCCCAGCAGGGAUUCCAAUGUGUUUAUUCAGAAUUUUCUUGAAAGCAAAAAGGAGUAUAAUAGCAUAGGUGUCAGUGGCUUUGAGAUUCGCUAUCCAGAAAAACAACAAGACAAAAAAAACAAGAAGUCACUGAUAGGUGGCAACCACAGUAAAAUUGUUGUGGAGCAAAGGAAGAGUGAGUAUUUUGAACUGAAGGCAAAACUUCAGAGUUCCCCUGACUACCUACAGGUCCUUGAGGAGCAAACAGCUUUGAACAAGAUCUAGGUCAUGCAAUCUUACUUCAUACAAAGGACAUUUAUUUAAUGAUGAAAGUGCCUUUUGUUGACUUCUAACUUCCAAAUACUAUAUUAUCAAUAGGCAUAGAGGCAAGUGUUUCCAAGGGUGUCUCAUUAACUGUAGCUGCAAAGACGUGUCAAAUAGAAGAUAAUUUACUUAAUAGAUGUACUACAUGAAACCUAUACUGUGGAGUCCUGUGGGGAUACUGCAAACUCUAUUGCCAAAGGGAUGCUUAAUACACAUAAUACACUGAAUUUAACCUCAAGAGGCAACUCUGUUUUGUACCCCAAUGCAAAACUUUCGUCUCUUUGUGCUUUGCAAAACAAACUCAAGAAAACUGGUACCACUGUUUGUACCUCAGCUGGGUCCUUCAUCUUGCACGUAGAUUAAGUUGGUGGAACUGGAACAAAACAAUCCUUUUAAUUUGUGGCAUUGUAACAAAUCUGUGUAAAGAUUAUCUGAAAAGUUUUUUUAAAAAGCAUGCAAGGACAGAACAUUCGAUAGUAUUUGUAAAUCGAUAACCUUUAUGGCCUGCAUCUUGAAACCCCUGGAUUUAUAAUGUUAAAUUGUGCAAAUACUUGUUUAAAAUAUACCAUGCAUUACAUAACUAUAAAAUAAAUUUGAACAACUUAAGCA